AUGGGGUCUCCUUCUUACCUUGUCUUGGCCUUCCUUGCAACACUGUCGUGUCUUUGUGCCGCUAAUGAUGUCGACAAGCUCGUCGACAACCACCAUUUGGAUGUGGUGAACCGUCAACUGAGUGGCGUAUCCCGCAGGAAGUUCAUACCUAACGGCGAUGCGACACUGGCCGUUGCCUCCCUGCCAGUAUCAACCAUGGACGACGAGGAGGAUGAAGACGAUGAUGAUGACGACGAUGGAGACUACCACCAUAUGCAAUCGACUGUUGACAGUCCCUCAGCUGUUACUGAGGAAUUAAAAGCUGAGAGUGACACAACUUCAAACAAUCUGACGACCAAUGAUUCUUCGACUACCACGAGCCAGGGGCUACUAAUGAAGAGUCUUCCAUCGCACAGCGAGUCCACUUUGGAAGCUCCACGCAGCACAAUGGAAGUCAUUGGAUACUUCUUCAAAAUUAUCGCUGAAAAGUUUCACAACAGCAUGAACGAGUUUUUCGAGAACAUAGACAAGCAGAUCAAGGCGAACAGUGCACUGCCUUUGUUGGAGCAGGUACGUGAUCGUUCAACGAUGUUGAACCUUUUGCCUAAGAGGAGUCCGGCCUGUUCGCUCCUAUAUGGCAAGACCGGUCUCCAGCGCAUCCGCGUCGGGAAAGACAACAAGGUAGUGGAGAUCGAUCGUAGCACGAUCGAUGAAAUGUACAAGCAUGCCAGGGAUGAUGUUGAGCUCCACAAUGAUUUUGUGCCAAUGAAACAUCGCAAAUACAUGGAAUACAGGUUGGACGGAUAUCACUUGAUUGAGGCUUUUGAGAAUCCUGACAAAUGCCACAAGUCACCUCUGGUAGGAGCACAUUUUUUCGACAAGUUGCGUGACACUUAUGCUGGGAAACUCCAACAGACACACGCCAAAACAUUGAAGGAAGUAUCUAAGAUGUUUUUCAGCUACCCUGUACAGGGACGAAACAUUAAAAACUAA